UGGAGCCAGCCUGGCCUCAGCCGGCUCACCCCUGCCCCCCGGGAGUGGUGUGAGCCCGCCGCUCGCCUCGCGCCGCUCCAGCGUCCGAAACGGCUCUAAAGAGGAAGUCGGCCCCUGAGAGAUGUCGCCCCGCCAGGCACGGGAGGAGCUAGGAUCAGAAUUCGGGUCUCGUGAUAACCGCUGCCCGGCCCCUCCUCUCCUCAGCCGCCCCCGUUCCUCGGAAUCUCGACUUCGUUACUCGAUUGGACAAAUACUUAGGGGCGGCCUGCGCGGCUCCAGGCACUGGGGGGCUCUGGCAUGGGUAGAAGAGACAAAAGUCCCUGCCCUCAUGGAGAUUCCAUUCCCCUACGGCGAGACAGAGAGUAGCUCAGAUGGGAGCUAAAAGAAUCCACUUGGGUGAAGACUUAAAGAACAUUCUCUCGGAAGCUCCAGGAAAAUGUGUGCCUUACGCUGUUAUUGAAGGGGCUGUUCGAUCUGUUAAAGAAACGCUCAACAGCCAGUUCGUGGAAAAUUGCAAGGGCGUGAUUCAGCGGCUGACGCUGCAGGAACACAAGAUGGUGUGGAACCGGACGACCCACCUUUGGAACGACUACUCAAAGAUCAUUCACCAGAGGACCAACACAGUGCCCUUCGACCUGGUCCCCCACGAGGACGGCGUGGCCAUGGCUGUGCGAGUGCUGAAGCCACUGGACUCCCAGGAUCUGGGCCUGGAGACCGUGUACGAGAAGUUCCACCCCUCGGUCCAGUCCUUCACCGAUGUCAUCGGCCACUACAUCAGCGGCGAGCGGCCCAAGGGCAUCCAGGAGACCGAGGAGAUGCUCAAGGUGGGCGCCACGCUCACGGGGGUGGGCGAGCUGGUGCUGGACAGCAGCUCCGUGCGCCUGCAGCCCCCCAAGCAGGGCCUGCCGUACUUCCUCAGCAGCCAGGACUUCGACAGCCUGCUGCAGGGCCAGGAGGCCCGCGUCCGGCUCUGGAAGGUCCUGACAUUGGUCUUCGGCUUCGCCACCUGUGCCGCUCUCUUCUUCAUCCUCCGCAAGCACUACCUGCAGCGCCAGGAGAGGCGGCGGCUCAGGCAGCUGGAGCAGGAGUUCCAGGAGCACGAGGCGCAGCUGCUGAGCCGCGCCAAGCCCGAGGACAGGGAGAGUCUGAAGAGUGCCUGUGUCGUGUGUCUGAGCAGCUUCAAGUCGUGUGUGUUUCUGGAGUGCGGGCACGUGUGUUCCUGCGCCGAGUGCUACCGCGCCUUGCCGGAGCCCAAGCGGUGCCCCAUCUGCAGACAGGAGAUCGCCCGCGUGAUCCCCCUGUACAACAGCUAACCGUGUGAGGGCCCCACGGGGCGACGUGAGGGGGGACACCCCUUCUCAGGAAUUUUUGUCGUGAGGCCUUUCGGAGCGCAGUGGUGAGGGCCACUGUUAGCCCAGCUACGACUGAGGGAGGGGACUUGGGUGGGGGGAGUGUCCUAGUCCCAUGCCUCUGACACUGGGAUGCUGCCUUGUUGCCGCUGUGAGAGGGGACCCUUCCUCCGCUGGCUGAGCCUCACGCCCCCCCUCCCCCCUCCGGGGGUGGAUGUGGUAGCCUUGCAUUCCUUCCUGGCACCUGGAGAGAGAGAGAGAGAGAGAGAGAGAGAGAGAGAGAGAGUGUGUGUGUGUGUGUGUGAGAGAGAGAGAGAGAGAGAGAGAGAGUGUGUGUGUGUGUGUGUGUGUGUGUGUGUGACCUAAGGGCCCAAGUGGGCGAUCUCUAGCUCUUCUGGUCCUUUCUGGGGAGUUACUGUGAUCUGGAACCUUGAGUGACUCAGCCAGCAGGGUGGCAAGCUGGGCGCUGGGUCUGGUGUACGCCUCACCAAGCUGUCUCUGAAGAGUCGCCUUUGAGGAGACUGUCAAGUCUAUCUUUGUUUCGCUUAUACCCCAGGAGAAAGGCCAGGCUGGACGUGUCACCUGGGUCCCUUUCCCCUCACCUCCUUACCUCUUAAAUGCGUGCACGUGUGUGUCAGGACAGAAGGGAGUGAAGCCUGCUGCUUGCCUAAAAGAUGGGGCUCUGGUCAGCUGGCUGAAGAGCGGCCACUUGAAGGGACAGUCGGACUGUCGCGUCGUCCCCAGUGGUGAAGAUGGCAGCUUGGCAGCCGCCCUCCUGGCGUCUCCAUGACCUAAAGGGAGGGCCGUCCCAGCACAUGGAGCACACCGCGCACCCCGCCGGCCCUGACUGGGAGUUCCUGGAGCCCAAGGAGGCUGAACGCUGGCUCCGACUUACCCUGCCCGAGAUGAGCCCGGAAGGCCUCACCUCCUGCAGGAAGCAGUAGGGCCACUGCUCCCCCAGCCUCGCUCUGCCAGCCUCCCUCCCAGGCUGUCACCAAGGCAAGGGAGCCAGCCAGCACCCCGAGCACAGAGCCUUCUCCAGGUCCUGCCUCACAUCAAGAAGUGAACGUCCCGUGGCAGAAUCGCAUUGUCCCUCCCUGGGUUGCUGUUCAUCCCCUCUCCUGCCCCACUCUUGUUUGUGGAAAGAAGUGGGGGAACCCCCCUCGCCUCCGACUAGUCAGAGGUCUUGUGCACAGCUCUCUCCCUUCCCUGGCUUUGAAUAUUCAUCCCCUUUCCUCCUCUGGGGGAGGUGGGGUGCUCUUGGGGCGAAUACUCCUUGUAUGCAGGAUCCAGUGUGGACAGCACGAAAUAAACAUGUUACAACCAA